GACAACCCUGGACUCAAAUUCUUCCUACUUCCCCUCGUUUCCAUUCCCCUGUCUUCUUCUCCUCACAACAGUUGAAGCAAUGGGUUCUGGAGAAAAGGUUUUUGUUUUUGAAGACGUGGCAAAGAACAAGGAAAGGAAUAAUUGUUGGCUAUUGAUCUCUGGAAAGGUGUAUGACAUAACCCAAUUCUUGGAGGAUCAUCCUGGAGGAGAUGAAGUCUUGCUAGCCGCUAGUGGAAAAGAUGCGACUCAGGAUUUCGAAGACGUUGGUCAUAGUGAUGAUGCAAGAAACAUGAUGAAGAAAUACUACAUUGGUGAGGUUGACAGCUCCACAGUUCCUCCACCAAAGAAGAUCAAAACACAGCCACAUUCAGUGACUCGUAAAGACGAUGAAUCUGGGUUUGUGUCUAAAAUGUUACCGCUCUUGGUGCCCCUCUUGAUCUUAGGUUUUGCAUUCGGUUUGCGGUUCUUAGGGGAAAAGGGAAAAGCUGAAGCUUAGAUUUCUUACUUUUCCCUUAUUGUUGAACAUACAAAAGGAGUGCGGCUAAUAAUAAAGUUGGUGAAAGCUGUGUUUGUUGUAACAUUCAAUCUAAGCUUAGCAUGCGUCAUUCUCAA